UAUUAUUCAAAACCCUAAUCUUCUCCACCCCACAAACAAUCUUCUCCACCGCCGUUUCCCAGGUCACCAACACACAAAACCCUAAUUACUCUUUUCACCAUACGCAUCGUCGAUCUAGCAGUUCAUACACGUCUACAGCAAUGCUUUACAAACGAUUUAAGUUCGCCAAAUGCUACAUCUCGGAUUAAGUUGAUGAAAAAAAGGAGUACAGAUUAAUCAGAUGAAAGAGAACUGGCUCAGUUGCUUGAGACUAGCCAGGACCAUACUGCACAAAUUCGGAUUACUUGCGAAAUCAAUUUAAGAAGAAGAAUCAGGACUUAACUUGAAUGUUUAGAUAUUGGAAGCAUCAGUGAGCACUUGAUGGGAAAAGAGACAAUAUAAGAUUUUGGACAAAAUUGCUACUCACGUGUUCAUGAGCUGCUUAUAAGCGUAUAUGCAUACCAUAACACAAGACGGAUGUUGUACAUAAACACAACCGAAACACUCGAAGAACGACACAAAUUCAAAAUCUAAAGAGGGAAAAUGUGGAUCGAAGAACGACAAAAAAUCAAGUUUGUAGGUGAUGGUGGAUCUUAAUACAAAGAGGUUAAAUUUGCAAGUUGUAAAUAUUAAAGUUGACAGUAUAGGAGCACUGAAAGUUAUUUUUGUCGAUGUUUGGAAUGUGAAUAACCAGGAGCCAAAUUUGAUAAAGUUGGUAGGCGUACUCCCCAUGGGAUUCUUUUGUUUAGAAGGUAGGGAUUGGGGGUUUUGAAGAUUAUUUAAUUGGAAGAGGUUAAGUAGGCAGUUGUGUUUUGUGAAAUUUGGGGAAGAAAAUGAUGUCUAAAUUUGAAGGAGUUGUUGUGUCUGAUCAUUGGCUUCAAAGUCAGUUCACUCAAGUUCAGCUUCGUAGUCUCAAAUCGAAGUUUACAGCAUUAAAGAACCAAAAUGGGCAAGUUCUUGUUGGGGACAUACCAGCCUUGCUUGUGAAACUAAAGCCUUUCAGCGAGACGUUUAACGAGGAUGAAAUAACGGAGAUAUUACGUGCAUCUGGUUUUGAUACAAGUAACGAAGUCGAUUUCGAACAAUUCCUUAAGACUUAUGUGACUUUAGAAACACAAGCUGCAACAAAAUCCGGUGAUUUGAAGAGCCCAACUUCGUUUCUGAAUGCAACUACGACAACACUACUUCACACCAUCCAUGAAUCAGAAAAAAAGUCUUAUGUUGCUCAUAUCAAUAGUUAUCUCAGAGAAGAUCCAUUUAUGAAGCAGUUUCUUCCUAUAGAUCCCGCUACUAAUGAGUUGUUUGAACUUGCUAGAGAUGGAGUCCUUCUAUGUAAACUUAUCAAUGUUGCUGUACCAAAUACGAUAGAUGAACGGGCUAUCAACACAAAGAGAAUACUUAACCCUUGGGAAAGAAAUGAAAAUCAUACACUUUGCCUCAAUUCUGCUAAGGCUAUCGGGUGUACAGUGGUCAAUAUUGGCACACAGGAUCUUGUUGAAGGAAGACCUCAUCUGGUACUUGGCCUAAUUUCUCAAAUCAUAAAGAUACAACUUUUGGCGGAUCUAAACCUUAGGAAGACACCACAGCUACUGGAAUUAGUGGAGGACAACAAUGAUGUUGAGGAGCUCAUGGGAUUAGCACCUGAAAAACUCUUACUCAAAUGGAUGAACUUUAAUCUUAAGAAAGCAGGCUACAAGAAACCCGUAACAAAUUUCUCAUCCGAUCUUAAGGACGGGGAAGCUUAUGCAUACCUGCUUAAUGUUCUUGCACCGGAAUAUGGAAGCCCGGCCACUCUUGAUGCCAAAGAUCCUGUUGAAAGGGCUGAUUUGGUACUUUCACAUGCGGAAAAAAUGGAUUGCAAAAGAUAUUUAACUCCAACCGACAUUGUUGAAGGCUCCGCAAAUCUAAAUCUCGCAUUUCUUGCACAAAUAUUCCACCAAAGAAAUGGUCUGUCUGCUGAUAGCAAAAAUAUCUCUUUUGCCGAGAUGAUGACAGACGAUGCACAAAUGUCCAGAGAAGAAAGGUGUUUCAGACUCUGGAUCAACAGUCUUGGAACAUCUUCUUAUGUCAACAAUUUGUUCGAGGAUGUUAGAAACGGAUGGGUACUUCUUGAAGUUCUUGAUAAGGUUUCUCCGGGUUCGGUUAACUGGAAGCAAGCAACUAAACCUCCGAUUAAGAUGCCGUUUAGAAAAGUUGAGAAUUGCAAUCAAGUUAUUAAAUUAGGAAAGCAGUUGAAAUUUUCAGUUGUGAAUUUGGCGGGAAAUGAUUUCGUUCAAGGGAACAAGAAACUCAUACUCGCUUUCUUGUGGCAGUUGAUGAGAUUUCAUAUGCUUCAACUUUUAAAGAACUUAAGAUCGCGAUCUCAAGGGAAGGAGAUAACCGACGCAGAUAUUUUGAAAUGGGCAAACAAAAAAGUGAAGAUAACAGGCAGAGCGUCUCAGAUGGAGAGUUUUAAGGAUAAGAGCCUUUCGAGUGGAAUAUUCUUCCUUCAGCUUCUGAGCGCAAUUGAGCCUAGAGUUGUCAACUGGAACCUUGUAACCAAGGGCAAAAGCGAUGAGGAAAAGAAGCUGAAUGCAACUUACAUAAUCAGUGUUGCCCGGAAGCUUGGGUGCUCGAUAUUCUUGUUACCCGAAGACAUCAUGGAGGUGAACCAAAAAAUGAUACUUAUGCUUACAGCCAGCCUUAUGUAUUGGAGCCUGCAGCAGUCUAAGGAGGAGGCUGAAUCAUCUCCUUCAUCGGUUGCCGAGACUCCUGAAGGAUCUCCGGAAGCUUCCCUUAACGGGGAUGAUGAUAGCCCUGUGGGACGUCCUGAGAUAUCCAAAUUGUCGAUCGAUGAUGAUGUAGCAUCUGAUACUCCGGUUACACCGACCAUAGGACAAGAUGACACUUCCUUGUAAUAAUAUGUUUUGGUUUGUACAAACUUUGGAUAGAAGAACAUGGAAAGGAAAAAGGUUAGAUAUUAUACAAAAAAAAAAAGAAAAAAAACAAGGUCCGGUUUCCUGCACAUUUAUUAUUUGGUAGUUAUUUAGAUUUUAGCCAUUGAUAUAGGACUGUUUUUGCCUUUUUGGAAUGCGAUAGGGAAACCCUACAUAACCAGUCUAGUUGAGUACUCUUGAACUA